CUGGGAAUGAAAGGAUCUUCGAUCAGGGGGGUGUGUACGUGCGUCCUGAGGGCGGCAACCACUGCAGUCCUACUACGGCAUCUCCUCAUCCUCACACUCCCGACAGUGUCACUCGGUGCCGCAGGCUUCUUGAGUUGCGCUCGCUUCCAUUUCUCGGCAGGUGACAAGGGAACCGGGGGACAGACGAUGGCUGGCGCGGUGGCACCAAAGCGGCAGGACACCCGGAAAUUCUUCGAGAAUCUGUCCGGCGCUGGUAAAUCCAUUGCGGUGCUGACCAGCGGAGGAGAUGCCCAAGGUAUGAAUGGUGCGGUCCGGGCUGUCGUCCGAAUGGGCAUCUACGUGGGGGCAAAAGUCUACUUCAUCCACGAGGGGUACCAGGGGAUGGUGGACGGUGGCGACAACAUCAAGGAGGCGACGUGGGAAAGUGUCUCGAGCAUGUUGCAAGUGGGUGGCACGGUCAUCGGGAGCGCCCGCUGUAAAGAGUUUCGUUCCCACGAGGGGCGCUUGAAGGCCGCACACAACCUCGUGCAGCGCGGCAUCACCAACCUGUGUGUGAUUGGUGGAGACGGCAGCCUGACCGGAGCCAACCUGUUCAGAGAGGAGUGGAGCGGCCUGUUGGAUGAGCUCCUCCAGCAAGGUCUGAUCGACGAGGAAGCAUCCCGCAGAAACUCUGAGCUUCACAUUGUCGGCAUGGUGGGCUCCAUCGACAACGACUUCUGCGGCACCGACAUGACCAUCGGUACCGACUCGGCUCUGCACAGGAUCAUCGAGGUGGUGGACGCCAUCAUGACCACCGCUCAGAGCCACCAGAGGACAUUUGUGCUGGAGGUCAUGGGCAGGCACUGCGGAUACCUGGCUCUGGUCAGUGCCCUGGCAUGCGGUGCCGACUGGGUUUUUAUCCCAGAAAUGCCUCCUGAAGAUGGCUGGGAGGACAGCAUGUGUCAGAAACUGUCUGAGAACCGCGCUGAUAAGAAAAGGCUGAACAUUAUUAUCGUAGCUGAGGGUGCCAUAGAUUCCCACAACAAGGCAAUAACUCCUGAUUAUAUCAAGGAUCUGGUUGUGCGCUGCCUGGGUUUUGACACCAGGGUCACCAUCUUGGGUCAUGUGCAACGAGGUGGGACCCCCUCUGCCUUUGACAGGAUCCUGGCCAGUCGUAUGGGCGUGGAGGCAGUGCUGGCGUUACUGGAGGCCUCUGCCAACACCCCGGCCUGCGUUGUGUCUCUGGUUGGAAACCAGGCUGUUCGACUCCCACUUAUGGAGUGUGUUCAGAUGACCCAAGAAGUUCAGAAGGCCAUGGAUGAGAAGAAAUUUGAAGAGGCAGUGAGACUGCGUGGCAGGAGCUUUGAAAACAAUCUGAGCACCUACAGACUCCUCUCCCACCGGAAGGCAGAUUCUGAACUUCCAAAUAGCUCCUUUAACGUGGCCGUGUUGAACGUCGGCGCCCCGGCAGCAGGUAUGAACGCCGCCGUGCGCUCUGCGGUCCGAGUGGGAAUCACUGAGGGCCACAAGAUGUUUGCUGUCAGCGACGGCUUCGAGGGAUUCUACAAGGGACAGAUCAAGGAGAUCAAGUGGGGAGAUGUUGGUGGUUGGACUGGUCAGGGAGGUUCCCUGCUAGGGACAAAACGAACUCUUCCAGGCAAACAUCUGGACAAGAUCGCUGAGCAGAUUCGGAUCCAUAACAUCAACGCCCUGCUUGUCAUCGGAGGAUUUGAGGCCUUUGAGUCCCUGCUGCAGCUGUACGAGGCCCGGGCCGACUACGAGGAGUUUUGCAUCCCAGUGUGCAUGCUGCCUGCCACCAUUAGUAACAAUGUGCCCGGCACUGACCUCAGUAUCGGCGCCGACACGUCCCUCAACGCCAUCGUGGAGACAUGUGAUCGCAUCAAGCAGUCGGCCAGCGGCACCAAGCGGAGGGUCUUCAUCAUCGAGACCAUGGGGGGCUACUGUGGCUACCUGGCCACGGUUGGCGGUCUGGCCGCGGGCGCCGACACGGUCUACAUCUACGAGGAGCCGUUCGACAUCCGGGACCUGCAGGCCAACGUGGAGCAUCUGACGCAGAAGAUGAAGACGAGCAUCCAGAGAGGCUUGGUGCUCAGAAAUGAGAACUGCAACGAGAACUUCACCACUGACUUCAUCUACCAGCUGUACACCGAGGAAGGACGAGGCGUGUUCGACUGCAGGAAGAACAUCCUCGGUCAUAUGCAGCAGGGAGGAGCUCCGUCACCGUUCGACAGAAACUUCAGCACCAAGAUUUCAGCUAAAGCCAUGCAGUGGAUCACACGGACGCUCAAGGACUCGUUCAAAGGAGGCCGAGUGUUUGCUAACUCGGAGGACACCGCCUGUCUGCUGGGGAUGCGUCGCAGAGCUCUGGUGUUUCAGCCCGUGUCGCAGCUCCGGGACGAGACUGACUUUGUCCACAGGAUCCCGAAGGAGCAGUGGUGGCUGAAGCUCCGUCCACUCAUGAAAAUCCUCGCCAAGUACAAGACGAGCUACGACGUGUCCGACGCCGGCCAGCUGGAGCACGUGACCCGGGUCCGACCCAAAGAGAGCAACACCUCGGCGACCAUCUGAGCCGCCGCACGGCUGCCGGAGGAGAGCUUCACUCCCGACGGCUUCACACAAAACAGUGACGGCUACUCACACAAUGACUGAUCGACUGCUGAUUGACUGCAAAUAAAUUAUGGUAGAUUUUAAAAGAUAGCGAUGUUCUAUUAUACGGUGAAGUCACGACACGAUUCAGAAGGCAGCGUCCACGUUUUAAAGAAGUGACAGAUUAAAUUUGAGGGUAAGAUGUUUGGCAGAAAGCUCUUUACAUAGCAGAGAGCUAGCAGUGCUGACACUGUAUUUUCUAGAUCCCCCAAUCAAAGUAAUUAUAGACUUAAAUAAAUAUAUAAAUAUAUAUAUAUAUAUAUAUAUCUAGGCACUCCAUCAUGUACUGUAUUAGUAUUAAAGUUGUAGUCCUGAAAAUGUAGCUCCAUCUGAGUUGUUUUGCAGCUGCCCAGCGUCUGUGUUGGGCAGGCUGGGCGGCUGAAGGUGGGCGAUGCAUCAACAAGCUUUUGUGAUUUUUAUUAUUUUCUUACAGCACUUUUGAGCCCCAUAAUUUCAUGUAAACCCCCUGAAGCUGCUCAUAAAGAGAGAACAUAUAUACGCGAGGAGGAUCACACGCCGUCCGCCUGCUCACACGUCCGUCAACCAUCUCGACUGUAAAACGCUUUCGAGAUGAAAACCUGCAGGACAACAUGAGCCGAGCAGGUCGUGUGUGUGUGUGUUAGUGCGUCCCAUCACCUGCUAAUUGUGUGUACGAGUGUGUGUGUGUGUGUGUGUUGGUGUCGCCUGUGUGUCCCACCCUGGGCUUUGUAUGUGACAUCUUCCUCUUAGUGGUGUUUGUGAGCAGGGUCCUGCUGUUGCUGUAGUUUGGCGGUGAAGUGGAGGAUGUCUGAAACCUGUACGCAACAUUUCCUUUAUGUGAUGGCAGCCUGAUGUGUCUCGUCACAGAGUAAUAAAGCUUUUAUUGUGUGGAAAGUUUUGAA